UUUCGCCCAUAAAUACCGUCAGGUCCUCAAUUCGUUAGCGUAUCGGAUCGUAUUCUUCAUUUCUGCAACACUUUUCGAGCCAAGAAUUUGAGCCAGCGACGUAGAAAUCAAGCAGAAAAAAAGAAAUAAAAAACAAAAAAGAUGCAGAUCUUCGUUAAAACCCUUACUGGAAAAACAAUCACGCUCGAGGUCGAGAGCAGCGACACCAUCGACAAUGUCAAGACCAAGAUUCAGGACAAAGAAGGUAUACCUCCUGACCAGCAGAGGCUCAUUUUUGCUGGUAAACAGUUGGAAGAUGGCAGAACCCUUGCAGAUUACAAUAUUCAAAAAGAAUCAACACUUCACCUUGUUUUGAGACUCAGGGGAGGGACAAUGAUCAAGGUCAAGACCCUUACAGGAAAAGAAAUUGAAAUUGAUAUCGAGCCAACUGAUACCAUUGACAGAAUUAAGGAACGGGUUGAGGAGAAAGAAGGAAUUCCUCCAGUGCAGCAAAGGCUUAUUUAUGCUGGCAAGCAGCUCGCAGACGACAAAACUGCCAAAGACUACAACAUUGAGGGUGGCUCUGUUCUUCAUCUGGUCCUUGCUUUGAGGGGCGGUAGUCUAUCGGCUUCUGCUUAGGAAAUUCGCAAUAAACUGAGUUAAAUUUUAUGUACUCAUGGGAUAUGAGUGAAUUCUGCUAAGAAACCAGUUUGAGUUGAUCUGGAGUUCAACUCCAUUCCCUAUGUAUUUCUUGCUUUUCUUCUUUUUCCUUGGCUUUCUUGAAUAUUUUGAUCCCUCAAGCUGAAAGAGGUUGUAAUCAUCAGUUCACUGGGCUGACUCCCAUCCCCAUAUAGUAAUUUGUAACUCCAGUUCAUUGCAAGGGCUGUUUUGAUAGUUUUUGCUAUAUAUGUUUUUUGUCUUCCUCCCA